UUGAGUGAAAAGGAUAGGUAGAGAGAGAAAAACUGAAGUGGCGUUACAUUGCAUUAUUUUUUUGGGUCGCACACAUUUUGCAAGAAAACUACACCCAACAACCACUGAUAGCCCUCUCUCCUGAACAUGCUCAUUCUUGAUCCCGAUUUGCAUUCUAUUCCUAGGGAUUAUCGAAAUUGGUGUACAAUUAAGGGACAUAGGAGGUUUUGUUGUUGUUGAUAUUCGAGGUGAAAGGGUGUAUUGCGCAGAGCGUUUCCGUUUGGGUGUGGUUGAAUCUGGGUUGUAACUGCAGUAAAGAAGAUGUAUAUUGAGGAAUUGAAAGAGGGGGAUUCUGAGUGCGGUGAAGAGCAAGUUUGUGAAGGGGCUUUGGUUAUUUGGGAUCCGAAAAGGCUGUUGGUGGGGGCUGGGGCUCGUGCUCUUUUCUAUCCCACAUUGUUGUAUAAUGUUCUCAGGAAUAAGAUUCAGUCCGAGUUCAGGUGGUGGGAUAGGGUUGAUGAGUAUGUUUUGCUAGGAGCUGUUCCAUUUCCAACUGAUGUGCCGCGCUUGAGAGCUCUUGGCGUAGGUGGGGUUGUUACUUUAAACGAAUCAUAUGAGACUUUAGUUCCGAGUUCACUAUAUCACGAUCACGGCAUUGAACACUUGUUAAUACCUACAAGAGAUUACCUUUUUGCUCCAUCACUAGGAGAUAUAUGCCAAGCUGUAGAAUUUAUCCAUGGCAAUGCACUUUGUGGCAAAACUACAUAUGUUCACUGUAAGGCUGGCCGAGGACGAAGCACUACAAUUGUUCUCUGUUACCUUGUUAAAUACAAGCACAUGACACCUGGAGCUGCAUAUGAGUAUGUGAGAUCUAUCAGGCCAAGGGUCUUGUUAGCCUCCUCCCAGCGGCAGGCUGUUGAAGACUAUUACUAUAGGUUGGACGAGUCUGGGAUUGAGAAAUGUGAUUCUCCAAUAACUAGCUUGAGCUUACCUGAGAGAUGGGAUGUGGAAGAAUUUGACGACAACUCAUUGGUGUUGAUUACUGAGUCGGACCUUGAUGGAUACGAGGAGAACCAUGGAUUAGGGGAAGCAGGCGAGAGUGAAGUAAACCUUGCUUGCAGGGUGCAGGUUGUGAGUCAAGCAGCUAUAUCAACUCUGUCGUACCUGUGGGUUCGCUGCCAGACAGGGCAGAAAGUGUCAAGGAGUAUGGGAGUGGACAUACAUGUUUAUUGAUGGGGCGUGAGAGAUUAGGGAAUAAAGAAGGGUUUUUUUUCCGAGUGGUUGAUGGUUGUCCGUCUAAGUGAGAGGGAUCUAUGUAUGAGUACAAUUGCCAAAGAAGAGUUACCGGAUUUGGUAAGUGUACAGUCACAGAGGUUGUGGUCAUCCUGCGUUUGUUUACCAGGGUUUUAUUUUGUCUUGUAACUUCGAGUUGAGCUCACUUCUUGGCUCAUCUUUCCCUAUGUAUAAGCACAACACUUCUUCAUCUAAUAUAAUCAGCCUUGCUUGCUUUUUUUUAAA